UUGAAGUGGGGACAAUUCCACGUGCGAUCGCAGGAAGCAAUGUUAUCAGUCACUUGCCAUUCAGUCUGAUAAAGCCACUAUCGGCGCGGUACUUUUCUCGCUAAUCUUGCAAAUGACCAAGUGUUUCGCGUCAUAACAGCUUCAGUCGCUAAUCGAUAUCUUCGCGAUAUCAAAAGACUUUAAGAUCGUACAUUCGCGGCACAUCUCUGUACAUGUUUGAUUCUUAUAAAUAUAUUCUCAUUUAUUCAAGAGGCAACAGGUAAAUAAGUAGUUUUUAGAUUUAGUGCACGGGCUAUUCCAUCUCAAGAAGACACGUAGAUGGGAAAAUCGACAAAUCUGCACGGAACGAAGAUACAGACUCAAAGAUAUAUAUAUUGCAAAACGACAAGACCAAGAUCGUGAUAAAGCAAGAUGCUCGCCAAGUUUCUCAUUGCUGAGAUUAUUGACUCGCGUUUGUUAUCGAAAUAUUGCGCGAAAUCGAUGGCGAAUUAUUCGACCGAACAGAGCGAAAUGAGGAAUAUCAAUAACGAGCUACAAAACGCACGGCCGUUCAAGGAUAUUCCCGGUCCGAGAGCGUUGCCCUUGAUUGGCAAUUGGUUCAGAUUCAUACCAUACAUAGGUGAAUACGGCACAUAUAUCGGCAAUUUAACAACGCAAUUUCGGAUGCUGCGUGAUCAAUACGGUGACAUCGUCAAACUGGACGGUUUAAUAGGCCGUCGAACGACCAUCUUAUUAUUCUCAUCGGAAUUAUGCGAAAAGAUGUAUCGGGUGGAAGGCGUGUGGCCGAUUCGGAUUAGCUUGGAGAGUAUGCAUCACUAUCGCGAGAGUAGAAGAAACAUCUACGACGGGCAGUACGGUCUUGGAACGAGCCAAGGCAAAGCGUGGUACGACUUUCGCUCGAAAAUCAAUCCACAUAUGAUGCAACCGCGAGCGAUCACGCCGCACGUCGCGCAAAUCAGCCAAAUGGCCGACGAAUUUGUGGAAAAGAUGCGUACGCUACGAGAUCCUGAAACCCUGGAGGUGCCUGGCGAUUUUAAAAACGAAUUGUACAAGUGGGCCUUAGAAUCAAUGGGUUCGAUCGCGCUGGAUUGUCGACUAGGGUGCUUAAAGUCUAAUCUCGCCGCCGACUCGGAGCCGCAAAUAAUGAUUAAUUGCGUGCAUAAAAUGUUCGAUCUUAUGUACCGCUUGGAUGUUCUGCCGUCUCUGUGGAGGCUGUACAAUACGCGGAAUCUCAAGAAGUUCUUCCAUGUGCUAGAUACGCUUAAUGGAAUUGCCAUUAAACAUAUCGAAGAGGCUGAGCUGAAGCUUGACGAAACGACGCUAAAUAAUGAUACGCAUAAUUGUAGUAUAUUGCAAAAGCUCUUGCGUCUUGACAAACAAGUGGCUCGCGUUAUGGCGCUCGAUAUGUUAACAGCCGGCAUUGAUACGACCGGUAACGUAGCUGGAAGCAUGCUGUAUUACAUCGCGAAUAAUCCGGAGAAGCAAGAGAAGCUGCGAGAAGAAGUAAUAUCUCUAUUACCGAAUAAAACGUCAUCUAUUACGGAUGAUGUUUUAAAACAAUUAAAGUACGUCAAGGCUUGCAUCAAAGAGUCCCUUCGACUGUUUCCUGUUUCUAUCGGCAAUCUCAGAACUAUGGCAACCGAUGUUUGCAUUGGAGGAUACAAGAUACCAGCGGGAAUUAAUGUCCUCGCCUGUCAUUCACUGAUGGCGAUGGAACCUACGCAGUUUCCGCUACCGCAAGAGUACAUUCCCGAGAGAUGGAUGCGGGGCGAUACAGAGUUUCCAUCAGCUAGGGAGGCGCAUCCCUUCGCGUAUAUGCCCUUUGGAUUUGGCCCUCGUACAUGCGCCGGCCGACGAUUUGCCGAGAUGGAACUUGAGACAUUGCUCUUGACAGUCAUACGAAAUUUCCGGAUCGAAUGGCAUCACGGACCGCUGAAGUACGAAAGCCGAUAUAUAAACACGCUCGCGUCGCCGAUGCGAUUCAAGCUCAUCGAUUUGUAAAUCGUCUCAAAUCUCCUACGCUCGAUUCACGCUUCGUGCUUCUCCGUCAAAAUCGUCGUCCUUCAUUGCGCGACGUUGCGCCAUUUUUUUUUAAAUUAUAAACGCCAACAAAUAACGCUACAAUCAACGCUUGCGAGCACCUGAAAUCCAAAGAAGCCAACCGGGGUAAAGAAGACAUCGUAUAUAUGUAUAUAUCGACCGACUGUGUGAUUCUUACAAUUUUCAUCUACGCCCGAGAAGGAUAUUUCAUAGGAAAAUUUAACGUAGGCUAUUCUUUUUGGGAAGCUCAUGAUAAAACGAAUAUAAAUGCUCAUGUUUGGUACAAAAAUAUGAGAUAUAAAGUC